AUGGCAGGCGAACAGGAUGAGAUGGCCAAGGCAUCGACUAUGACAUUGGAGCAUUCCAGCCCCUUCCACGUCAACUCCGAUUCGACUCUGGAAGAAGCUUCCGUGGUUGACGAAAAGAAGGUCCUUCGCAAGAUGGACCUUCGCCUGAUCCCUAUUGUGACAGCGUUGUAUCUUCUCUGCUUUUUGGACCGUGGCAAUAUCGGCAACGCCAAGAUUGAAGGUCUACUCGAUGACAUCAACCUGACCAGCCAGCAGUACAAUAUGUGCUUGACCGCUUUCUUCUUCACGUACGCGGCAUUCGAAUUGCCAUCGAACAUGGUCCUAAAGCGGCUUCGACCCUCGAUCUGGCUUUCGGCGAUCAUGGUGGGCGUGGGUAUUGUCAUGACGCUCAUGGGAAUUGUGGAAAACUACCAUGGACUUCUGGUAUCUCGCAUCUUCCUUGGCGUGACUGAGGCUGGCCUAUUCCCUGGGGUUGCCUUCUACAUCACCACAUGGUAUUGUCGGCACGAGGCCCAGUUUAGACAGGCAUUGUUCUUCAGUGCUGCGAGUGUAGCCGGAGCAUUUUCAGGCCUGUUGGCCUUUGCUAUUGCUGCAAAACUCCAGAAGAUGGACGGUGUUGCUGGCCUGGAUGGCUGGCGAUGGAUUUUUAUCCUGGAAGGACUCCUGACUGUUAUAGUCGCGGCUUCUGCAUUCUUUAUCAUUGUCGACUACCCACACGAAGCCAAAUUCCUGAGCGAGGAUGAAAAAGCCUGGGUAAUUCACCGUCUGAAAAACCAGUUCGGGAGCAAUGUUGAGGGGCCAAGCUCCAUCCAGUGGAAAUAUGUCUGGGAGGCUGUGUCUGACUACCAGAUUUGGAUCGGCGUUGUCGCGUUCUGGGGCAUUCUUGUGCCCCUUUACGGUAUCUCAUUCUUUUUGCCUUCAAUCAUCCGGGACUUGGGGUAUUCGUCUUCCAACGCGCAGCUGCUGACGGUACCAAUAUACGGGACAGCCGCUCUCAUUGCGGUAGGAUCUGCCUGGCUCUCUGACCGAGCAAAGAAGCGGUCGCCAUUCUUGAUUUUCCACUGCUCUUGCAUUAUCAUUGGCUUCGCCAUUGUCCUGGCAUCCACCGGGAAGGGUGUACCAGGAGUGGUUUACUUUGGCAUUUUCCUGGCUGUUUCCGGUAUCUAUCCGGGUGUACCAAGCAUUGUCAACUGGAUCAGCAAUAAUCUGGCUGGGGACUACAAGCGAGCUGUGGGGAUGGGUCUCCAUAUUGGACUGGGCAAUAUCGGAGGAGCAUUCGCUUCCAACUUCUACAGGGCCCAGGAUGCGCCCAUCUACUACCUCGGGCACGGUCUCGAAUUGGGCUUCGCGGUUGCAGGGUUGAUCGCGGUAAUCACCUUGCGCGUAGUUUACCAGAGGGUGAACAAGGCACGGGAGGCGAACGGGACAGGGAAUCUGACGGCCGAGGAGAUGGUACGCAUGGGUGACAAGUCUCCCGCUUUCCGAUACAUGCUCUGA